AUGGUUUUCUGGCCUAAGUUCGGUUCUAAGACGGACAGGUCUUCGUACAGGCAAUCGGGAUGGAAGAUCUCAGAGAAUGAUGAUAAAUCGGUGGAUAUAAUCAAGUGGAUACGAAUUUUGAUAUCUCUUUCCGAGGAAAGGCGACAUGGCGCGCCGGAUUUGGAUAGUCUGUUCAUAUCAUCUAGGGGAAAGGUGCGGCCAGCUUCAAAAGCUGUGAUUGCAGGAUGGGUUAAAACCGCCCUAAAGCAGAUUGGUGUUGAUACAGGACCAGGUAGCAUUCGUUCAGCGGUUGGGUCAGAUCGCUUUAGUGUGAAUAUGCCAUUGGACGAGAUUCUGAAGAAGGGAAACUGGCAGAGUGAUAAAAACUUUUUCAAGUACUAUUGUAAGCUAGUCGAGCCAGGAGGAUCUACUGAUCGUAAGGGAAAUACUCCCUUGGAACAUUUUGAUGUUGUUUAG